AGGAGGCAGCACCCAGCCCGGGGUUCCCCCCCCAUCCUGGCACCAUCCAGGGUCCCCCCAGAAGCAGUGAUGGAGAAGGACGCCGACUGCUGCCAGGAUGGGGCCAAGACAAUGCCAGGUGCUGGGCUGGGCACUGAGGGGACAGAGACACAGCUGGACGAUUUUGUGGGUGCUCACCCCGACUACAAUGAGGAGGAGGAGGAGCAGAAGUACUUCCGCCGCAAGCGUCUCGGUGUCAUCAAGAAUGUGGUGGCCGCCAGUCUGGCGGGCACCCUCACCUACGGCGUAUACCUGGGCCUGCUGCAGAUGCAGCUGAUCCUUCACUAUGACGAGACCUACCGGGAGGUAAAGUACAGCAACAUCCAGCUGGAGGACAUCGACCACAAGGUGCUGAUGGGCAUCAACGUCACGCCCGUGGCGGCGCUGCUCUACACACCCAUCCUCAUCAGGUUUUUCGGCACCAAGUGGGCCAUGUUCCUGGCGGUGGGCAUCUACGCCCUCUUCGUCUCCAGCAACUACUGGGAGCGCUACUACACCUUGGUGCCAUCCGCCGUGGCCAUCGGCAUGGUCAUCGUGCCCCUCUGGGCCUCCAUGGGCAACUACAUCACGCGGAUGGCCCAGAAGUACUACGAGUAUGUCAAUUACAAGGAGGAGCAGGAGAGGGUGCGGGCACCACGGGACGCUUGCAACGCCUACAUCAUCAUCUUCCAGACCAUCUUCUACUCCUGCUUCCACUUGAGCUUCGUCUGCGCUCAGAUGCCCAUGGUCUUCUUCCUCAACAACUACCUGUACCAGCUCAACCACACGCUGUUCGCAGUGAAGCACUGCGGGACCCUGAGCCACGGCACGCUGCCCGGCUUCAACAAGACAGUGCUGCAGAGCCUCCCCCGCAGCGUCAACCUCAUCGUCGUGGAGAGCGCGUUGAUGGCCGCCGCCUUCCUCGCCAUGCUGGUGGUGCUGGUGCUGUGCGGCGCCGCGUACCGGCCCAUGGAGGAGAUCGACAUGCGCAGCAUCGGCUGGGGGAACAUCUUCCAGCUGCCCUUCAAGCACAUGCGGGACUAUCGCCUGCAGCACCUCCUGCCGCUGUUCAUCUACAGCGGCUUCGAGGUGCUCUUUGUCUGCACCGGAUUCUCCCUGAACUACGGCGUGUGCACCCUGGGGCUGGAGAAGUUGGCGUAUCUCCUCAUGGCCUACGGCUUCUCUGCCUCGGCGUGCUCCAGCCUGGCCCUGAGCAUGCUGCGCCUGCGCCGGCAAAUCCCACUCCUGGCUGGGGCCGUCAUCCACGCCGGACUCCUGGUGCUGCUCUUCUGCUGGGCGCCAGAGCCCCGGCAGCAGGCACAGGCACCGCUGCUCUACAUCGUCGCCGCGCUCUGGGGCAUGGGCAGCACCCUCAACAAGACCGGAAUCAGCAUCCUCCUGGGAAUGCUGUACAAGAACAAGGAGCGCCAAGACUUCAUCUUCACCAUCUACCACUGGUGGCAGGCCCUGGCCAUCUUCGCCGUCUACCUGUCGUCCGGGCUGCCCAUGAAGGCCAAGCUGUCCAUGCUGCUGCUGACGCUGGUGGUGGCGGUGGGGACGUACCUGUGGAUGGAGCGGAAGCUGGCGCGGCGCGUGGAAUACCGGCUGCCCCGCCUGCCGCGCCCACGCCACAAGCCCUGCGGGUACCGCUACCUGGAGGAGGACAACUCGGACGAGACCGGCUCCGAGGACGGCGGGGACCAGCAGGACGGCAGGGAGAGCCCGGCAGGGGCUGCCCGCGGGGACGAGCAGCCCAGAGAGGACGGGGAGCAGCUGGGAUAGAGACAGCCCGGCCCCGCCCCGCCCUCAAGCGCCGAGCGGGGCCAUUGCCCUCCCUGGGGAUGCCCAAACCCCCCCCCAGUGGGCC